CUCAACAAAGAAGAGGUCUCUGGCUCUCUGCAAGGGACAUUGAUCGAAACAAACCCUGAAGAGGGAGGAGAAGAAAAAAGGGAAGGAUGCUGAGAGUAGCUGGGAGGAAGCUCACUUCUCUGCCAUGGAGAUCGUCUCCGACAACCUCCACUUUCCUCACUCGCAACCAAUUACUAAGCGGCGGCGACACUCUCUCCGAUGGCGCUUCUUCCAGAUCCACCUACCAUGCUGAUUCUGGACUUCGAGAUCUAAUCAGAGGGUUUUCUUCUCAAUCGCUCACACCGGGACAUGAUAUGGGUGUGGCGCCACAUCUUCCAGCUACUGUGGAAGCAGUGAAGAACCCUACCUCAAAAAUUACCUACGAUGAGUACAACCAUGAACGUUUUCCCCCUGGUGACCCCAGCAAGCGUGCAUUUGCCUAUUUUGUCUUAUCGGGAGGGAGGUUUGUGUAUGCCUCGUUGAUUCGUCUUCUGGUCCUCAAGUUUGUGCUGAGUAUGUCUGCCAGCAAAGAUGUCCUUGCCCUUGCUUCUCUUGAGGUUGACCUAUCCAGUAUCGAGCCUGGGUCCACUGUCACAGUCAAGUGGCGUGGCAAGCCGGUUUUCAUCAAGCGUCGGACUGAUGAAGAUAUUAAGCUGGCUAACAGUGUUGAUCUUGCUUCUCUUCGUGACCCACAGGAAGAUGCCGCAAGGGUUAAAGAUCCAGAAUGGCUUAUUGUCAUUGGGGUCUGUACCCAUCUGGGAUGCAUUCCUUUACCAAAUGCUGGUGACUUUGGUGGCUGGUUUUGCCCGUGCCAUGGCUCGCACUAUGACGUCUCUGGUAGGAUCCGCAAGGGGCCUGCACCAUACAAUCUGGAGGUGCCCACUUACAGCUUCCUUGAGGAGAACAAGUUGAUGAUAGGGUGAGAAUUGCUAUUUCCGAAGCAUUUUUUGAUGGUGAGAUGCCAUAAUAGACAUACUCCUCUACAGCUGAUUUUUUCAACCUUUUGUUUUCUUUCCUUCUGUUCACCUAUUGAUAUCUAUAUUUGGAAAUUGUAUCUGCUGCCUGCAUUGGUCUGACUCUGAUGUUCUCAAUAAUACAGCUGAAUAUUUGUUGAGGGUUUUCAAUUUAGUGACUUAUAGUUCAUUUCAAUUA